GGUUCACUAGCUGUGAAGCCACCCAAUGCAUAUACCGAUCAAGGAUGAGUACGUGCGAGAUUUUUCCUUCGAGCCGGAAAUUAUCCUACGUCGCAAGGAUUCGCUAGACAUACAGCGUGACAAGUACCACCGGAAGCGCCUCAACAGCCGGCGAAAGCGCCUAAAGCAGAACGCAAUGCUGGUGUUGACAAAGACUGCUGCAGCUUCGACGCCACCACCUCACUGUCCAGCAAAAUCGGACCAUGGUGAGGAGGGUGGUGUCGUUGGUGAGGUACACGACAAAUCUACAAGUGGUAGCAACAGUGAGACGAGUGCAUGUAUUCCGAGCAGCAUGUCCAACGCAACGCUGAUCGAUGCAUCGUCGUCCGAUGCCUGCCCGGCUGGGACUGGACUGGACGAUCUCGAUCCGGCGGAUAAGGAAGAGAUUCGACGUAGUAUCGUUGACAUCGAGAUAGAAGAGUUUUACUACAUGUAUGGUCGCUAUACGAAGGACUUAGGAGAAUACGCCAAAGAUGAAGCGCGAAGACUCAGGCUUCUUGAACGACGAAGAAAAAAAGAUGAUAAAGCAAGAAACAAGGAACUGUUGGACGUGCGAGACAACAAGUUCUUCAAGGCCGCUUCCUGGCUGUGGCGCAACACAUUCGCCCGGCUGGGUGAGGACUGGGUGUUCCUGGCACUGUUGGGCAUCAUCAUGGCAAUGCUAUCCUACGUGAUGGAUAAGGGCAUCUCGAUGUGCACAAACUCGCGCGUCUGGUUGUACCGCGAUCUCACCAACCAUCCGGUGGCACAGUAUCUUGCCUGGGUUUCGCUCCCCGUGUGCCUAAUCCUCUUUUCGGCCGGCUUUGUACAUCUGGUCGCACCGCAGAGCAUCGGUUCGGGUAUCCCGGAGAUGAAAACCAUCCUGCGUGGUGUAGCGCUUAAGGAGUACCUUACCUUCAAAACGCUGGUCGCGAAGGUGAUCGGUCUCACGGCCACACUCGGCAGUGGGAUGCCGCUCGGCAAGGAAGGUCCCUUUGUACAUAUAGCUAGUAUAGUAUCACAGCUGCUUAGUAAGAUCAUCACAUCAUUCCAAUCGAUCUACGAAAAUGAAUCGCGCAACACGGAAAUGUUGGCGGCGGCGUGUGCGGUCGGUGUUGGAGCCUGUUUUGCGGCCCCGAUCGGUGGUGUACUAUUCAGCAUCGAGGUAACGACGACGUACUUUGCGGUACGCAACUACUGGCGAGGAUUUUUCGCUGCCGUCUGUGGAGCCACUGUCUUCCGGUUGUUGGCUGUUUGGUUCCAAAAAGCGGACACCGUUACGGCCAUGUUCUCGACCAACUUUACGUCGGAUUUUCCCUUCGAUCCGCAGGAACUGUUCGUGUUUGCGUUGAUUGGCCUCGUCUGUGGCCUUGGUGGUGCUUUGUACGUGUGGGUACAUCGAAAGUACGUCCUGUUUAUGCGGUCGAACAAAAAGAUGAACAAAUUCUUACAAAAAAACCGCUUUUUGUAUCCCGGAAUAGUGGCACUGAUUGUAGCCACACUUUCAUUUCCGCUAGGCUUUGGCAAGUAUAUUGCCGGUGAGCUGAGCACUCACGAUCAGGUCCACCAGCUGUUCUCAAACUUCACCUGGACCAAACACGAGCUCACUGUCGAACAAGCUGCCAUCGUAUCGAACUGGCGCACGCCAGAAACGAACGUGUUUGCUAACCUCAUUAUUUAUUUGCUGUACACGUUCUUCCUGUCGAUCAUUGCCUCAACCAUUCCCGUGCCAUCCGGUAUGUUCAUACCAGUGUUCAAAAUCGGCGCCGCCUUCGGUCGAAUAAUCGGUGAAGCGAUGCACCUUUGGUUCCCGCAUGGCGUCCGGUACGGCGGCAUGCUUGCACCGAUCAUUCCCGGCGGUUACUCCGUCGUUGGGGCGGCCGCUUUCUCCGGUGCCGUCACACACACCGUCUCCGUCGGUGUGAUCGUGUUCGAGAUGACGGGUCAAAUAACGCACAUCGUGCCGGUCAUGAUAGCUGCUCUCAUUUCGAACGCCGUAGCGGCACUCCUCCAACCGUCCAUGUACGAUAGCAUUAUUCUCAUCAAAAAGUUACCCUACCUGCCCGACCUGCUGCCAUCCGGUUCGGGCAUGUACAACAUCUACGUCGAGGACUUUAUGGUGCGCGACGUGCGCUACAUCUGGAAGGGAAUCUCUUACCAGCAGUUGAAGGAAAUCCUGAAAGCGAACAAAGGCCUGCGCAGCUUGCCGAUCGUCGACAGCCCGGACAAUAAGGUGCUGCUCGGUAGCGUGCAGCGCUAUGAACUGAUCAAAAUGAUCGACAAACACAUUGGGCGGGAGAAACGGCUCGAAGUAGCGGCGAAGCUGAUGAAAGAAGCGGAAGAGAAAGCACGCGAGGAACAGGAGCGCCAGAAACGUGAAGCGGCAGAAGCACUGAAAACACGCCGCCCAUCUCGGUUCGAAGUCGUUCCAGCGCCGGAUAUUUUGAAGCUGCGGGAGCGUGCGAACAAUGAGAUGCUGCCACCACAAGCGCGCCGUGAAUCGAACGCAUCGGUUACGGGCGGCCCAGUGUUCGGUGGUACGCAGCCGAAAAAAUCGAUCCUCAAGAAAACGAACUCGUUCACGCUGAAGGGCUUCAGUCCGCUGUCUCCACACAGUCCAGUGCACACACCGUACACGACGAUCACUGGUACUGAGAGUCGUAUCCGAUCAGCUUUUGAUAUCAUCUUCCGCAAGUCGGCUACGCUGCAAGAUGUCACGCCAGAUCCGGAGAUUGGUUCGAUCGGAACGCCAAGCAUUGUGGGAUCGGAGGUUGCACCGCUAACGCCCGGUAUCUCGAAGAAGGUGCAAUUGCCUCGGGAACGCGUCAUCGACAUGUCACCAGAGGAUCAGAAAGCUUGGGAGAUGGAAGAGAUGGCAAAGGCGAUCGAUGUUGAUCAUCUGCAUAUCGAUCCGGCGCCAUUCCAGCUGGUCGAGCGUACUUCCAUCCUGAAGGUUCACUCGCUGUUCUCGAUGGUUGGCAUUAAUCACGCUUACGUCACCAACGUUGGUCGGCUGGUUGGUGUUGUGGCUCUCAAGGAGCUACGAACGGCAAUCGAGAGCGUAAACAAUGGCACAUUAACGCCCGAAUCGGUUAAAGCGAAACAGGAAGAGGAAGCAAGGGCACUUGCUCAAAAAGAAUCCGACAACAAUAACGGCAUUUCGGCGGAAGAUCCUCUCCUCCCAAAGAGACCCGGUGAUACGUUCAGUGACAAAAAAGUAAAUAACACAAUCACCUCGAUGGAUUCGGCACUGUCCAACUCGGACAACUGUUCGGACAUCGAGCUAGAUAAUAUACACAUUGAUCACGGUGAUACUUCGACCACUAAUGGUACCACCAAACACACCAACAACAACAACCAUUCCAGCCAACAGCAGUAGUGGUUGAUAAUG